GCGACUCUGCGUCGAGAUCAAAAGCUCGUUUACCGCCUGUGCGGAGCUCGCGCACAAGCGAGAGCGACGCUGUUGGCAACAGUCUUCUUUUACACGUGGCGAGAUGUGCAUCGGCGUCGGACACUGGGACGAUGGUGCAACGAGCUCCUUGCUAAUACUGGCAGUCGAGGGAGCCCGCGCGUGCCCGAAUGGCAUUUCAUGGAUUGUGCACCACGGACGACAUUGCGAAACAUGACGCUGCACUUCACAGGUCCCUUUGCCACGCCGACCGAUGAGUAG